AUCUCAAACUAGUGUAGUACUUACCAGCAUUUUUGGUUGUCAUUUUUUUUUAUUUCUGUGUUGCCACGCUUGACAAUUUCUUUUUGAUUCAAUCCUUCUUGCAAGUAGAAUGGCUAAAUCUGCUAAGACCGAGAAACCAAAGGCUACGGCCGACAAGGCAAAAGCUGCCGAUAAACCAGCAAAGGGAAAGGUAGAAAAAGCUGCCAAACCAGCUGAAACAAAACCGAAACCAGCUGCUGCAAAGGAUGCUAAGAAACCAGCUCCAGCACCAGCAAAGGAAGCAGCAGCAAAGAAACCAGCUGCACCAGCUAAGGAUGCGAAGAAACCAGCUGCACCAGCCAAGGAGACAGCUGCAAAGGCUGCCCCAGCUAAGAAACCAGAAGCUAAGGCAGCUCCAGCAAAGAAACCAGAAGCUAAGGCAGCUCCAGCCAAGGCUGCUGCACCAAAAGCAGCAGCACCAGCAAAGCCUGCAGCACCUGCAGCAGCUAAACCUGCUGCUGAGGCACCAAAAACCGAAAAGGCACACAAAGCCACUGCAGCCAAACCAGUACAGAAGAAACGUGGAGUGGCCGCAUCAGCAGCCGCUGCAUCAGGCAAGGGUCGCGUUAGCAAGAAGCAAUUGCUUCGAGGCAAGGGUUUGAAGAAGAAGAAGAUCCAACUACGUUUUGGAAUCGAUUGUACAGACAUUGCCGAGGACAACAUUAUGGAUGUUGCCGAUUUCCAAAAAUACUUACACGAACACUUGAAAGUGGCCGGCAAAGUCAACAACUUGGGCAACAACAUUACAUUCGAGCAACAGAAGAUGAAAGUAUUCGUCAACUCCGAUGUCCACUUCUCCAAACGGUAUCUGAAGUACUUGACGAAAAAGUAUUUGAAGAAGAACAGUCUCCGCGAUUGGAUCCGUGUGGUCGCCAACGAAAAGGACUCGUACCAAUUGAGAUACUUCCGAAUCAGCUCGAACGAUGAUGAUGAGGAGGACAACGAAUAGAUGGGGUAUUGUAUGCCGGAUCGUCCGCUGUGAUUGUUUUGACAACAAUAAACGAUGGUUUUCGACACAGAAA